AAAAAAUCACCGUGUCAUACUUAAUCAUAUCUCCAGAAAACAAUGUUGAAAGGGUCAACAGUAAAAAGAUUAAAACCAAAGGGCAAAUCUGGCAAUUCUGGUAGAUGAUUUUCUUCGACUGUUUUUACAUCUGAAGGCAGUCACCAAAACAAUCCGAGGACAAAAAGCUUGAAAGCUUUUCAGUUUUUUCCCAAGUGAAAGUGAUCUCACGAUUUACUGCGCUCUCCAGAUUUUUCCUCUUUAACUCUCUCUUUUCCCUCAUUUUCUAGCUAGCCAAACACGCCCAUCAAUCACCAGAUAGAGAGAGGGAGAAAGGAUUGAAAGAUCAGACCUUUUUGGUCUCUGAAAAAAGGCGAUGGCUUGGAGACGUCUCAUCGUUCAGGUUUCAAAACAGCAACAAGAGUUGGGACAAUUCGGAAACCUGUUUUGUAGAACUCAUCUUUCUGGUAAUAGGCUUUUCAGUGGCCAACAGAGGUUUAAGUCAAGCUAUGUAGGUAGUUUAGCUCGCAGAGUUCGAGAUGCAGAAGAAGCUAGUGAAGCUGCUCAUUUAAGAGAACUUUACCAUAGAAAUGAUCCUGAAGCAGUGAUACGGCUAUUUGAAAGCCAGCCAUCAUUACAUUCUAAUCGUUCUGCACUUUCUGAAUACGUUAAAGCAUUAGUCAAAGUUGACAGGCUGGAUGAAAGUGAGCUACUUAAGACAUUACAAAAAGGUAUCUCUAAUUCAGCAAGGGACGAAGAGAGUAAAGGUGGUCUCUCAGCUUUCCGAAAUGUGGGAAAACCUACAAAACAUGGUGUCCUAGGAACUGCUAGUGCUCCUAUCCACAUGGUGGCUUCAGAAGGAGGGCAUUUUAAAGAUCAAUUGUGGCGUACUUUUCGUAGUAUUGCACUUGGCUUCUUAUUGAUUUCUGGUGUUGGAGCACUUAUUGAGGAUAGAGGGAUUAGUAAAGGACUUGGCCUACACGAAGAGGUGCAAGUUGUGGAAUCUAACACAAAAUUUAAUGAUGUCAAAGGUGUUGAUGAGGCAAAGGCAGAGUUAGAAGAAAUUGUCCACUACCUUCGAGAUCCUAAGCGUUUCACUCGUCUUGGUGGCAAGCUUCCAAAAGGCGUCUUGCUUGUUGGUCCACCUGGCAAUGGGAAAACUAUGUUAGCAAGAGCUAUUGCUGGAGAGGCUGGGGUACCUUUCUUCUCCUGCAGUGGCAGUGAGUUUGAAGAGAUGUUUGUUGGAGUUGGAGCUCGAAGAGUGAGAGAUCUUUUUGCUGCUGCAAAGAAGCGAUCACCAUGUAUUAUAUUUAUUGAUGAGAUAGAUGCCAUAGGUGGAAGCCGUAAUCCAAAGGACCAGCAGUACAUGAGGAUGACUUUGAACCAGUUGCUCGUUGAAUUGGAUGGAUUUAAACAGAAUGAAGGAAUUAUUCUAAUUGCUGCAACUAAUUUUCCAGAAUCAUUGGAUAAGGCACUGGUGAGACCUGGACGAUUUGACCGCCGCAUUAUUAUUCCUUAUCCAGAUGUUGAAGGACGGAGGCAGAUUUUGGAAGCACACAUGACAAAGGUCUUGAAGGCUGAUGAUGUUGAUUUAAUGAUCAUUGCUAGAGGUACUCCUGGAUUCUCCGGUGCUGAUCUAGCAAAUUUGGUCAAUGUUGCUGCUGUGAAGGCUGCAAUGGAUGGUUCUAAAGCAGUGACAAUGACUGAUCUGGAGUAUGCAAAGGAUAAGAUCAUAUUGGGAAGUGAACGCAAGUCAGCUGUCAUAUCUGACGAGUCACGGAAGUUGACAGCUUUCCAUGAGGCCGGCCAUGCCCUUGUUGCCAUCCAUACUGAUGGGGCACUUCCUGUUCACAAAGCAACAAUAGUCCCUCGAGGGAUGGCUCUUGGUAUGGUGUCCCAGUUGCCUGACGUGGACCAAACAAACUUGUCCAGAAAGCAGAUGCUUGCAAAGCUUGAUGUUGCCUUGGGGGGGUGGGUUGCAGAAGAGCUCAUCUUUGGAGAAAAUGAAGUUACUUCUGGUCCAGUGUCUGAUCUUGAGCAUGCAACUAAUAUAGCUAGAGCUAUGGUUACAAAGUAUGGCAUGAGUAAAGAAGUGGGGUUUGUUAGUCAUUCUUAUAAUGACAAUGGUAGGAGCAUGAGCACGGAGACUAGACUUCUUAUAGAGAAAGAAGUGAAGAACUUAUUGGGAAGGGCUUAUAACAAUGCAAAAACCAUCCUCACCACCCAUAGCAAAGAACAUUAUGCACUUGCUAAUGCAUUGCUUGAGCAUGAGACACUCACAGGAACUCAGAUUAAGGCUCUGCUUGCCAAGGUCAACUCCCAGCAGCAGGAACAAGAACAGCAUCAAGAAAUGGUUGCACCACAGAAUGAACCUCAGUCCAACCCAGUGCCUCCAAGUCCAAGUCCAAGUCCAGCUGCAUCUGCGGCCGCUGCAGCAGCUGCUGCAGCUGCUGCUGCAACUGCUGCAGCUAAAGCCAAAGGCGUUGCUCCUGUUGGAUCUUAGCAUGCAAGAGGCUGGUAAGGGCCUCUUGCCUGGUGGCUAUUUAUUGAAUUGAAUAUGCACAUACAUAUUUUCCAGAUUUAUAUGAGCUUUAGGAACUUUGACUGAUUGCUGCUGCUGGGAUUAUUUAUGUAUAACCUUGCCUCUGAUAUGGAAUGAAAGAUGUAGAAGAAUCAUAUGGCAGUGAAGUCGCCAUGGCAAGUAGCAGUUGAGUAUUUUGCCCAUUUAAUUGAACAAUUUUACUUAUACAGUGGAUAACGUACCAUUUAAAAGUUUUACUUUCCUUGGGAUUAGUUUGUAAAGCCUUAAUAAUAAAGUGCCUUUUGAUCACUUUUUUU